AUAUUGCUCAAGAGAGGGAGUAUGACACCAGUUCUAAUACUUAAAAAGGUCACAGUUAUCAGAUGUGAGAUCAGUAUUGGCACAGUUAUGCUCGAGACACUGAGGAAUUCAAGGACAUCACCGUGAAUUGCAAUGGAGUCAGCAGAUUUUGUGUUUAAUAACAAUUAUGACUACGGUUACGAAAACAACUCCUACAAUAAUUCAGAAACUAUAGGUGAGGAGGUUUCUUUUAAAGUCCCCACCAUCACAUGUUUCACUCAGGUUAUGUGCCUGUUGUUGCUGGUGGUCAACGUGAUCAUAUUUUUGCUGGGCAUAGGAGGAAAUGGUGUGAUUAUCUGGAUUGCGGGUUUUGCCAUGAAGAAGUCAGUCAAUACUACCUGGUACCUGAGUUUGGCUGUGUCUGACUUUAUAUUUUGCUCCUGUUUGCCUUUCAACAUCAUCUACAGUGUAACGUCCGACUGGAUCUUUGGUCUCUUCAUGUGUAAGUUCACGUCCUUUGUUAUGUUCCUCAAUAUGUUCAGCAGCAUCUUCCUCCUCGUUAUCAUCAGCAUGGAUCGAUGUGUAGCUGUCAUGUUUCCUGUCUGGGCCCAGAAUCAUCGCACUAUCGGAAAAGCAUUGCUGACAAUCGUGCUUGCGUGGGUCUUCUCCGCAGCCCUAAGCAUUCCUUCGAUGGUAUACCGUGAUGUCCAGAAUCACUUAGGUACAAACCGCUGUAUGAACACCUACACAUCCAACCCGUACACUCAUGAAACCAUCGCUUUGAGUCGCUUUAUUUUUGGAUUUGUGAUUCCGUUUCUGCUCAUCAUCGUCUGUUACACAAUCAUCAUUUGUAGACUCAGAACUUCGCACAUGACAAAAUCCUGCAAACCGUUUAAAAUUAUGACGGCUCUCAUCCUCACCUUUUUCCUGUGCUGGUUACCAUACCACACGUUUGUGCUCAUUGAACUUUACCACAGCUUUCAUUUCAAUGAGGUCGUAGCUCACGGGUUGAGAAUUGGAACCACCGUCGCUGCCGCCAACAGCUUUCUGAACCCUGUUUUGUAUGCCUUCAUGGGAAAUGACUUCAGGAAGAAUUUCAAGAGCUCCAUUUUGUCAAAGAUUGAGAAUGCCAUUGGUGAGGACGGACGGACAAUGAGUCGAUACCUAUCUCGCUCAAGCUCGGUAGAUGCCAAAGCGUCCACUCAUAUCUAAAGUAUGACUGAUACUAUAUAUAGUUUAAUGUAUACUUUUGUUUCAGUCUCAGAAAAUGUUAUAGUAAUAUUUAGAUACUGUAUAUCUGCCAAUAUAUUAUCAGCUUUCAAUGUUAAAGAAUUAUCAGUUGUAAGCCAAAAUUUACAUCCCUAAUGUAUAGCAUUAUAUUUUUAAUGAUUUAUAGAAAUUAAAUCAUCAUUAUGUAUAAUUCAAAUGGAUUGCUGAUGUAAGAUGGACUGUUUAGCUCACUACUGUAAAAAUGUUUGCAUGUGUUAAUUACAUGACAAUAUCUUUGUCCAUUGAAUUAUCAAUAAUUUUUGAGUUUCAACUAUAUUGUUAAAUUCAUAGUGUUAAAAAAAGUGCAAUGAAUAUGCCAACAGUCUGUAGCUUCGGCACCACAUUGAUUCUACUUAACAUUUGAAAGCAUUCGCCUUUACAGUACCAUAUGUGGUGUACAGUCUGUUUAUAAUUAACAUGACGUUAAACUGAAACUUUUACUGUUAAUAAACUUUUUUUUUUCUUUACCUCAAA